UGCAAGUCACAUGAUCUGAUUGCUGUCAUGGCUGUGGUUGAGAGCUCCAGAGCACUUAGUGGUUUGCUGAAUGGCAUUGCUCAGAGCAAAUAUUAUGGAAAUGCAGAUAUAACCGAGGAGCUGUUGAAGAGAGAGCUGUAUCCAGAGCUACCACAUGAUGAAUUCAGAGCACUGCUAGAGAAGAUGACGGGAAUAAUUAAGUCCAUCGCCUCAGCAGAUAUGGAUUUGAACCAAAUUGAAGCUUUUCUAACUGCUCAGACUAAAAAGCAGAAAGGAAUCACAACAGAGCAGGCUGCAGCUAUAGCUAAGUUCUGGAAGAACCACAAGACAAAGAUUCGGGAAAGUAUGAUAAGUAACAGCAGAUGGCAAAACACUCUAAAGAGCAUGAACUGGAGAAUAGAUCUAAAGUCACAGUCCAAGCAUACAGAUCAAGUAAACACUCCUGUUGCUAUAGUAGAGAUGGAGAUUGGAAAACAUAACAAGGAAUCUGAAUUUCUGUGCUUGGAAUUUAAUGAAGCAAAUAUAAGCCAGAUGCUGAAGAAGUUGUCAGAGGCUGAAGAAAGCAUAAACGCAAUAACACAGACCGGCUAGCCAAGUGAAAACGAAACCAUUUUUUUCUUUAAAAAAAUAAAAAAAAUUAAACAAUAAAAUAAAAUGUUUACAAUUGCUAUCUUUAA